CGAGAAGGGAAGAGUUUCAUCAUCACCAUCAUCAUCAAUCAUGGAGGCGAAGCCGGUUCAUCCGCUGCACCAGAUCUCCGAGUUCCCGACGCACAAGCUCCUCCUCAAGCAAUGGCUCAAGGAGGAAGACCUAAUCCUCAACCGGAUCGUCGCGAAAGAGGCCCAAAUCGACUCGGUCAGAAAGGAGAUCACUCAGAUCUACUGCCUCUUCUUCCUCUUCCACUCCCUCUCCCUCACCGUCCUCUUCACCUCCGCCUCCCGAUCGCCGCCGCCGCCGCCGCACGGCUGCCGCAGAUCGUGGAUCCCGUCGCUCUGCUCCCUCCUCUGCUCCCUCGGACUGAUCUGGGCGGUCCGGUACAAGACCGACACGGAGCACCAUCUGGAGAAGCUUCUGGAGAGGGAGAAGGAGGACGGGAAGCUGCUGGGGAAAUGCGUGGAGGAGCUGAGGAAGAAGGGGGCCGAGUUCGAUCUGAUGAAGGAAGUGGACGCCCUGAGGAGGGCGAAGAGUAUGAGAAUGGAAGCCAAGGCGGCGGCGGUGAGGAAAUGGUCCGGUAGGGAUUUCGCCACUCUCUUCUUCUUCACGCUUUCCUGCGUCGUUCUUGGCCUUACAAACCUCAUUCUGUGUGGCUAAAUCUUCUUCCGAUCUAUCAUAAUCACUGAAUUACUCACUUUAUUUUUGGCAAUUCUAAUGUCUUUUUUUCUCUUCUUGUUAAAUUUUGACUAAUCUGAUAAUUCUUGCUUGGGAUUUCCAGAAUGCACGGUAUUCUGGUUUGUA